AGUAGACAUCCGGGACCUCCAGAGAUCGACUGUGCUCUGACGACCAUACAGCAGCAUUUUAGUUUGAAAGAAUCAACGCGAAGGAAGAAUGGAGGAUGAUGAACUUCCGUCAGCGGAUGGGUUGGGUGGGCGUGGCUCUCUACUUGCUGCUGAGCGUCAUGGCGGUGUACUACGUCUUUGAGGUUCACAGCUUCAGUUUGGAGCUCGUGCAGAGAGGCGGGGCCGGCCCGUCAGCUCCACCCCUCACCCCUAACCGUGUUAGUGCUCACCUGCCACCACUUCCUGUCUGGAUAUGGGCAUCGGUUUUCCUGCUGCCGUACCUGCAGCUUUUCCUCUUCCUGUUCUCCUGCACGAGAGCCGACCCUCGAGCGGUCGGUUAUUGCGUCCUUCCUGUCUGCCUCGCCCUGCUCUGCAGCCGCCUAGGCACCCGCAAACCGGCCAAUCAGAGAGGCCCGCCGCUCAUCGAUACAUAGAGGACGACCAAUCAGAGAGGCCCGCUGCUCAGACAAGACAUAACUGUUUGUAUGGUUUGUGAUGUCACUUCCUGUGUGCCUUUGAACCCUCCAGUCUGUCGGUCAGGAGCUGAUGUCAAGACUGCCCUGAAUUUGUCUUUCAGAACCAACACUACUGCCCUGAGCGUCGACUGUUGAGAUCAGUCUCCAGCUGUCAAUCAUUCUCCUGUUAGAGAAUCCUGUGCUGUGAUUGGCUGGAGGAUGUUUACUGUGUGUGUGUGUGUGUGUGUGUGUGUGUAGUUAGUUUAACAUUGAGACCUGACAGCUGCUGGCCAAUCACAGCACUUUGUUGUAUUUAAUAAGAUGAGUCACAUGACACACACUGGUAACCAUGUUAACUUUAUUACAUCAAUAAAAUGGAAAAAAAACAACAA